AUGUUAGUAAGUGAUUACCUUCAGUUUUCCAGGGCUUUCUUCCUCAUCUCUCUCUUCUCCACACUCGUUGCCCUUGGCUGGCUCAUCAGCUCUUGCCUGCCUAGAAGAGGAAGCUUAACCACCAACUUGGAUCUGAAGGUAUCCAUACUCAGCUUCAUCUCAGCCAUCUCCCUGCUCCUCUGCCUCGUCCUAUUUCUGGCACAGGUUCACUGGCAUGCUAAGGAUGCCUUGGAGCCAGAUCUCCUAUGGGCCUAUCAUAUUAAUUGGUGGAGUGACUUCUUAUACACGUUUUCUGGGAUCAUCUCCUUCCUCAACUACAUAACUUUCAGAUUUCCUUCCCUUGAUCGAAAUGUCAGUGCGAUUCCCAUAGAGCAGUCAAGGCUGGGGGUUGGUCCAGUGACUACAGUAGUACCUGAUGAAGAUGAAAGGCUAAGGUCUGAUAAGGAAUCUCCAGUUGAGGAAGAGAAAACAGCCCCAGAAGCAGAACCGUGA